GGGUUGGCGCGCGGGGGCGGGGCUCGGGCUGCCGCGCAUUGUGCAGCGGCUCCCCGGCGCUGCAGGCCCUUGUCCGGUGCGGUUCCCGGGCAUGGUGAGCAAGGGGCUGCUGCGCCUGGUCUCUUCAGUCAACCGCAGGAGGAUGAAGCUGCUGCUGGCGAUCGCGCUGCUCGCCUAUGCCGCCUCUGUUUGGGGCAACUUUGUUAACAUGAGCUUUCUGCUCAACAGGUCUAUCCAGGAAAAUGGUGAACUAAAGAUCGAAAGCAAGAUUGAAGAGAUUGUUGAACCAUUAAGAGAGAAAAUCAGAGAUUUGGAAAAAAGUUUCACCCAGAAAUACCCACCGGUCAAGUUUUUAUCAGAAAAGGACCGGAAAAGGAUUUUGAUCACUGGAGGUGCGGGCUUUGUGGGCUCCCAUCUGACUGACAAACUCAUGAUGGAUGGCCAUGAGGUGACCGUGGUAGACAACUUCUUCACAGGCAGGAAGAGAAAUGUGGAACACUGGAUUGGCCAUGAGAACUUCGAGCUGAUUAACCAUGAUGUGGUGGAACCUCUCUACAUUGAAGUUGACCAGAUAUAUCAUCUAGCAUCUCCAGCCUCCCCUCCAAACUACAUGUACAACCCCAUCAAGACACUGAAAACUAAUACAAUUGGAACACUAAACAUGUUGGGACUGGCAAAGCGUGUGGGUGCCCGUCUGCUCCUGGCCUCUACAUCUGAGGUAUAUGGAGAUCCUGAGGUCCACCCUCAAAGUGAGGACUACUGGGGCCAUGUGAAUCCCAUAGGACCCCGAGCCUGCUAUGACGAGGGCAAACGCGUUGCAGAGACCAUGUGCUAUGCCUACAUGAAGCAGGAAGGUGUGGAAGUACGGGUGGCAAGGAUCUUCAAUACCUUCGGGCCACGAAUGCACAUGAACGAUGGGCGGGUGGUCAGCAACUUCAUCUUGCAAGCACUGCAGGGGGAGCCACUCACGGUAUAUGGAUCUGGGUCUCAAACACGGGCAUUCCAGUAUGUCAGUGAUCUGGUGAAUGGCCUAGUAGCACUCAUGAACAGCAAUGUCAGCAGCCCUGUCAACUUGGGGAAUCCAGAAGAACAUACGAUCCUGGAAUUUGCUCAGUUAAUUAAAAACCUUGUUGGUAGUGGAAGUGAAAUUCAGUUUCUCUCUGAAGCCCAGGAUGACCCACAGAAAAGAAAACCAGACAUCAAAAAAGCAAAGCUGAUGCUGGGGUGGGAACCUGUGGUCCCAUUGGAGGAAGGGUUAAACAAAGCCAUCCACUACUUCCGGAAGGAACUAGAGUACCAGGCCAAUAACCAGUAUAUCCCUAAACCUAAGCCUGCCAGAGUGAAGAAGGGCCGGACGCGCCACAGCUGAGUUAGCCUUAGGAUAUAAGACUCUGUUUUACACUUGAUGAGAUGGACUUUUGUGGGAUUUUUUUUAUUUUAAAGACUUAAACAGGUGUCAUGAAGAACAAACUGGAAUUUUAUUCUGAAGCUUGCUUUAAAGAUGUUGAUGUGCCUAAAAGCUCCCUUGGAAAUCUGCAGACUUUGCCUUGCACUUUUUAAAUCUUUUUUAUGUACAACAGCCUAGAUGCAUCUCUGCUAUUUUCAGGUUUUGUUUGUUUGUUUGUUUGUUUUUUAUCUUGCUGUUAGAGUGUAUGCUGUAACUGUCAUUGACAGUUUUAUUUACUGGUUUCUUUGUGAAGCUGAAAAGAAGCAUUAAAUGGAGUGGAAAAUGCCAAUUUUAUUUAUAAAAGUGGGUACUAAUAGAUGAGACAUUACACUAUGCAUAAAGAAUAAAAAUCCUAGUGGUAUUGUCAGGUGGGUGGUGCACCAGUGUUUAUUUGGAAACAGAUGAAAGAACUCUUUUAGAAAGCUUUGUGUUUCUUUUUUAAUUCAUAAUUUUAUGAAGGUUUAGUUUUUAGUUGCAAACUUGUCUUUGAAACAUCCCUGUUGGUUCUUGAUCAGGAUAUUUGAAAUCACUACUGUGUUGUCCUAUAUAUUGGGGGACUUGUGGGGGGGGCAACGUUAACAUAUUCUUGGUUAACCAUGAUAAAAUAUGCUAUUUUAAUAAAAGAUUGAAACUUGCCAGUCGUGGACUUUGAGCUACAAAGGUUGGCUUUCUGCUUUUCAUCAGAUGUUGGGUUGCUGAGAAUAAUACUUGAUCUUAAGUUUGAGGAAAUUCUGAGAACAUCCAGUUUUACACCAUACUUAACUUGAUGUGUGCCUAUUAGAAUCAUCUGUGUGCUACUUGGGCAGAAUCUGUGCAUAUGAUACACUUAUGUGUCUUCAUUUGAAAUGUUUGAAACCAACUGUUUCAAAUUUCAGGAUUUAUUUUGUUUAACUUGGGAAAUUUUUCUGAGACUAUACAGUUUGAGCAUCCUAAAUCCCAAAUCUGAACUAUUCUGAAGCCUGAAAUCUAAGUGUCUUUUCAGCAUUGGAAAUUUGGGACUUAUGGACUCAGGCUCUAUUAACUGUCAUGUGAAGUUCUCAGAGCUUAGCCUGGGUUAGGGUAGGUUUUGUGUCCUGUAGCAACACAAACAAAAACUUUUAUUUUUCUGGUGUAGAAUUCAAGCAAGUUUUGGUGAGUGAAAUGAAAACCUUAGUUUUCAUUUUCAUUAAUAACUCUCUCAAGGUUUGUGCUAGGAUUUUAUUUUGCCCCUUAAAAUAAAUGGGAGAAAAACAUAAUGCAUAAAAGCAACCUACUACCAAGCAGAUUGACCCUGCAUGGUAGCAGCGGAAACCUAAACAGAUGCCCGAGAGAUAAAGGUGUGGACCAGGAACCAGGGGGUAAAAGUAGCUGAAACAGGAGUACCUGUGGUAUUUCCUGUGGUCCAAAUGUUUCCUUUGGACCUACAUGUAGGUACCAGCUCUUCAGUGCAUUAGUAUUAAGAGAUGAAGUGUCUGUGUAAAGUGAUGAAAGUAGAAGGGGUCCUUUCCUAUAAGAGUCUUGGUACCUCUUGCUUGUACUGUUACCCUGAGAAAGUACCAUCUGUGGACCAGAAAGUGGCCCUCACUAGGCAUCAAAAUUUUUAAAAAUGGUUUGAUUUUAAAAUGCAUGCAUUUGUGUCUGCAUGUCACAAGAGGGCACCAGAUCUCAUUAUAGAUGUUGUGAGCCACCGUCUGGUUGCUGGGAAUUGAACUCUGGGCCUUUGGAAGAACAGCCAAUGCUCUUAACCUCUGAGCCAUCUCUCCAGCCCCCAGACACCAAAAUUUAUCAACAUUUUGAUCUUGGACUUUGUAGCCUUCAAAACUAUGAGCAGCAAAUUCCUACUGUUCAUUAACUACUAAAUUUAUAGCAUUUUGUUACAGCAACCUGAACCUGCAUUUUGGAAGUGGUCCCCUUUGGGAUAUCACUGCUGUUGCUUAUAGGGGAGAUAGUGCUAUAAUUUGGGCUCCAGCAAGCUAUGAGUCAUAGUCUGAGUUACCAGGAAUGCAGCUGUGGAAUUGAAUACCGAACCCAGUUCACCAACUAGGUAGAACCUCAUGGCAUUGUCUUUGAUUAUGACCUUGGUGCUGGUUGGUGGUCCUCAGUCGUGUGACCUUGAGGGAAGCUAGGAUGAGUCCUGUAAGUGCUGUCAGUUUUGUCUAGUUAAAUUGUAAGGAAUUUGAAGGUUCUUCAGUGAUUCUUCUAAAAUAAGAAUUGUUAGACACAUCAAAAUAAUUUGCUUAGUUGACUUAGCCUUUCUUGGUCAAUUGGUAUUUUGAUGGGUUAUUAGAGAAUUCUGUAAUUCUGAGAAUUUGAUACCACUGUAUCUGGAGGCAACAAGACUUUGCUGUUCUUAUCACCAAGGUUAGCCCACAUUGUUUGUGUGUGUGUGUGUUCUUUUUACAUUGUAAAAUUAAUAGAGAUGGGGCCAUUUUCAUUUACAGCUGUUUUGCAGAAAAGACAAUACAGAUUUUUAUCAGGAAACUUGAGCUGAACUGUGAUGUGGGUGGGGCUGGAAUGUAGCUCAUUGGUUCAUGGAAUAACGUUCAGCUCCAUUUCUUGUGGUACUGAGAGGGUGAAUACUUAGUCCUAAGAUGAUGUUCCAAGAAGAUGUCAUCAGAGAUUGAUUAGGUCAGUCAUCAGAAUACAGCCUCUGCAAGAGCUCCAGUGCCUAAAGGGAGACAGCAGAAGAUGUGUGUGUUCCUUGACUCCUAUAUGUGAAGCCGUGGACCACUGCAUUGAGAAGCUGUCAACAUAUCCGACGGCUAGAAUGGAUCCAAAUAAACUCUUUUUUUUUUUUAAAGGUAACCAAGUCUGUAGUAUUUGAACAGCAUAAAACAUCAAUAAAGAAAAGUUGUACUUGCUUCAGGUGUUUUGGUACAGUAACAAAAGACUUGUACAGAAUUAAGUGUGUGCUUUUGAAAGUCUGUUUGGAGGCUUGUUGAAUUCUGAAAUUUUGAUUUAUGUACAUUUUUUUGAAGUUAAACUAAUGUGACAUAAAGAUCCAGGAUAAAAGUCUAAAUAUCUUAUUCUACACCAUUUACUAAGUUUAAAAUUCAAGGAAGAAACAUUUCUAAGAGAAUAAAGUGUAUAUACUCUUCUUAUACUUCAACUAAGUACACUAAAACAUUUUGGACAUUGAAUAUGAAACAAGCAUAAGACUGCAUGUGAACAGAAACAUUAGCCUAUCCAGGGACCUCAGGACCUGGGGAAAGUGUAUUGGUGUUAGGGGAUGUAUUGCAUUGUCCCAAAUUUAUGUUAUGAUUUAACUCCAGGACCCCAGAAUUUAGAAAUACAUUCUAUAAGUUAAGUUGUGAUGAUGUCUUCAGAGUGGGGCCUAAUCCAGUCUGACUGGUAUCCUUACAAAAGGAAAGUUAAACACAUAUUUGCACACACAAAUGCCCUGUACCAGCACAGCAAGACAGCCAUGUAUAAGCCUGAAUGGUGGUAUGCAUAUGUGUGUAGAUACCUGGCAGACAAUUUUUUAUUAUUAUUAUUAUUUUAAGGACAGAAUCUCACUCAUACUCAUGAUGCUCUUCCCUCAGCCUCUUAAAUGUGGGAUUAUAGACCAUGUGUUACCAUGCCUGGUCCCUGCCUAUUCCUUAUCUUGGGCUACCAUCUUCUAGAACUGCAAGAAAAUUAUUAUUUAAUCCACCUACUACAUCUAUAGCCACCAUAAUGAGCUAGCAUUAGUGGUAAGUACCCUGAGUUUCCUUUUAUUGUCUCAGGAAUCCCAGACUUCUAACUGGAGAACACCGGUUUAAAAAAAAAAAAGUGCCACAACAAAAACCUGUUCUCUCUAGCCACUGUGCUAAAAGGAUGCAGCCUGGGAGAAAAAAAAAUGUUUACUGUAAUGGCUCUAUUAGAACCUAAAAUGUACCUAAAAUGCAUUCACUCCUUGGUAAGACCAAGCAAGUCCUGCAGACCCUUGCCCUUCUGGGGUAUGGUGCUUCAACCCUUCACCAUGUUGUAUCAUAAUCCCUUGGAGCAGGGGUUGGGCAUGAGUUUAGAUUUGUGUCUUUGCUGGCUGGUAAUUACUACAAUCACUAGUGACUUGAAUUGGGGUACCCCUUUUGCCACUAGAGUGAUGUCUAAAAGCACCUUUGUCAGUGCUUUUGGCUGUUAUAAUAGCAAGAAACCAAUGGAAGCCAGGGAGCAUUGAAGAGGCAUCCAUUCCUCAGGGGAAUGUCAUUGAGGCCUAGGGGAAUUGUCAGGACCCCAACCCUGGAGCCCCGUCAGAGAAAUUUGACAGUAUUCAGACCAGACUCAAGAUCUUACAACACUGGUUUUAAUCAGAAGUUACUCACUAUACCAAAACAAGAGGAUCCCAAACUAAAUGACAGAAAAGUAGAUGAUGUACUGAGAGGACUCCGAUGCCAGAACUGACUACUGUUUAAAAGCAACCUUCCUCGGGAUGAUCUUUUCUAGAUCCAUCCAUUUGCCUGCAAAUUUCAUGAUUUCCUUGUUUUUAAUUGCUGAGUAGUAUUCCAUUGUGUAAAUAUAUCACAAUUUCUGUAUCCAUUCCUCCAUUGAGGGACAUCUGGGUUGUUUCCAGCUUCUGGCUAUUACGAAUAAAGCUGCUACGAACAUGGUUGAGCAAA